AUGCAAGAACGGGAUGUCAAUAACUUGAAAAACUAUUAUCGCACCUUUUCUCGAAUCUCCGAAAGAUUUACUUCGAUGCACUUAUUAAGCAAGACCGAACAAGGCCGCUUGUUCUUUUUCGGAUUGCCCGUCGGAAUCCGAAAUAAAACGAUCAAGCAUUAUAAGGUCGACGAACUCGACUUAGACUCUUAUGCCGUUUUCGACGACUUCGUCGCAUUCGCUUUUAAGACCGACCAAAGUGCUAGGACUAUCGAAGCUAUGAAUCGAGAAAAGGCCCGUGCUUCUCAAGAAUCGAGUACUGCUGUAGAGAUAGACUUAAAGGAUAGGUUGUUCGAUAGUAUAAUUAAGAAAGAGUUUUCUAGACUAGCUGCAGCCGACGAGGCUAUAGAGGAUGUAGAAGGAGAGGUCGAGAUCACUCAGCGAGUGCUAGGAGGAAGGAAGAAAAGGACUUAUAGACGAGAGAAGUUCAUUGACCUUUACGUUAUUAUUAAAGCUCAAGAAAAAGCAAUGGCGGUUAUUAUAAAAUCGAGAAUCGAGGUUUAG